UGGAGGGAGUCGCUGUGUAUCUGCAGUGUUGCAGCGACAAACGUUUCCACACCUCUCACUUCAUCUGCCUUCCUAACACACACACACAUACGCGCACACACACAGAGAGAAAAACAGAAAGCUAGAGAGAUAGAGAGAGAGAGACAGAAGGAGAGAGAAUGCGUCGCUCUGUGCAAUGAAGAUUCCUUCCGUCUUUCAUUUCCUCGUUUAAUCCUCCAGACUUCAAAUGAAAACAUGCAGAGCAGAAGGGUGGUCACAGAGAACCCACAGCGAUUCUGUAACACUCUCCACAGAAAGGAAGAGAGAUAAAUACCAGGAUCUGCUGUACACAUCUACAUGAGAGCUGAUGUUCACACACACACCAUGAAGAAGAUCUACAUCGGCAAAACCGGCCUGAAGAGCUCACGGGCCGGCUGUAAGCACCAGAAGAAAAGCUCUCUACAGGAGCAGAAGGAGGAUCUGAGGAAGCGUUUGUCCUUCACCACUCAGAAGUUGGAGUUGUUGGAGAGUGAGUUUGACUCCACGCGGCAGUACCUCGAGACCGAACUGCGCAGAGCUCAAGAGGAACUCGACAAGUUCACUGAUAAACUGAGGAGAAUACAGAGCAGUUACUCAGCGUUACAGAGGAUUAAUCAGGACCUGGAGGACAAAAUCCACCGAACUUCCCAGCAUCAUGACGAUGAGAAGCGUGCACUCAGUCAUGAGAUCAUUGUCCUUAAUACACACCUGAUGGAGGCAAAGAUCACCAUCGAGAAGCUUAAAGAGGACAACGAUUUAUACAGGAAGGACUGCAACCUGGCAGCUCAGCUCCUGCAGUGUAAUCAGUCUCAGUACAGAGCUCAGCUCUCUGAGUUGCCGGCAGAUUUUCUGGAGCGUCUGAGUCUGCACAUUGAGGAUUCCUCACCGAUCUGUCGCUCGCCGUAUUCCGACCCUAUUCCCUCCUCUGUCAUGGGGAACGUUUUGGAGAAACCGGAGGAAGCCUCGCGUUCCCCGAGUCCAACACGUCACGAGCUCCACGAGCCUCACGAGCACCCGGGCUUCCUGAUUGGCACACCUGUGAGCGGAGACGAGCGUCUGGGUCUGGGUUUGAGGACCGUGGCUAAGUGUGACGUGUACAGCAGUGACACGGCGUUGUACUGCCCAGACGAGCGGCGUCGCGAGCGCAGGCCCAGUGUUGACCUGCACCGCUUCCCUCAUUUUAACACCUCUGUGGGCGGAGCCUCCAGUUCCUACUCCAGUUUCAGUGGGGGCGGGUCUGAAGAAAAAGGAGCUGAGCCUCCUUACAGCACCACCUCCUCGCCUCAACACCAUGGGAUCUACAUGGAGUGGCGAGACGGUGUUGAGUAUGAGCACAAAAGUGACGAUUCCUGGGAAAGAGAAAGUCCGAGCGCCUUCAGUGCAUCUCACGGUUACCAAAAUGGCGGCUCUCCUCUCUACAGUGGCGCGAUGUCAUGCUACAGUGAGCCGUACGAGCCCCUCCCACCGUCCACCUCGCCCAGCGUCAACUAUGGUGACAGUCGGCGUGGCAGUGCGCUGGUGCCAGAAGAGGAGGAGGAGCCAGAGGAGGAGCAGGAGGUGCUGAUUGGCCGAUGGAGGCGGUUGAGUGUAGAGGACGUCAGCGCUCACUCAUUCUGCAGCGCCGGACGCGCUUCACCUUACAGCUUCUCCGAGCAGCACUUCUCGGUCCGACCCGCCAAGAUCCGGCUUGGCCCCCUCUACAGCAGCUUCCAGGAGGGAAGCGACGCCUAUCGGCACCACGGCGCCACCCUGCUGGAUCCGUUCUCCAGUGCUGAUCUCCGGAAUACUCACUUGUACAGCACAGAAGACGAGAACCAGGAGGUGGAGCAGCAGGUGGCUGGACUCGAGCAAGAAUAUGAGGACGAGGAGGUAGACGUGAGUCCCAACAGCUCCAAUGAGUCACUGGAAAUUGGAUCCAUGGAAAUUGGUGCUGAGCUGCAGGCAUUUCAGCCGGACCGGAUCAGCGCCUCUCCUCAGGAAACGAGUUCUCCUCCGACUCAGGCAGCAUCACAGUACCAAACGUUCACCACUCUGGGCCUGACGAGGAAGGACAGCCUAACGAAAGCGCAGCUCUAUGGCACUCUGCUCAACUGAGGACCCUGUGAGGACCUGGGUUCCUCAAAUACACUGGAAACAUUAUUUAACACUGAACAAAACAUUUACUUUAUGUGGAGGGCCUCAGCAGAGCUCAGCUCCACUUUAUUCUGAUCAUUUGAGGACCCGAUUUCACUUUACUCAUUUCGGGCCACAUGUCUGAGUGCGCUACUGAGAACCGUUAUAAUCUGUGUGAUACAUGUUGUUUCUACUGAUUUCAGUCAAUCAGAACGCACGAUUUUGGAAUUAUAUUAUUAACACGAGGGCUACACUGAUAAACAGAUUUAUCAAUCUUUUAGUAAAGUCGUGUAUAAAUGUUUUCGUGGCCAAACCAAACUAAAUAUUCCCACCAGAUUUACAAAAGAUUCGCUGACUGUAUUCGUACGCAUGUGUGUAUGUUGAUAAACGACAACCAGCCGUAAAUUACCGAGCACGUUUACAACACAGCUGAUUUACCGCGUCCACACAAUGACAAAACGACAAAAUGGUGACUGAACGGUGAAAGAGCGCCUCUUAAGCGCAGCAUGUGCUAAAUAUUCCAUUAAUGCAGCUCAGCCACUGCAGCGCCUCAGCUAACACAGACACACGCUAACACGUCUUCUUUUUAUAGCGUGUCAGUACUUUUGUCCUAAUCGGAUGACUCGUCUUUUUUGUAUUAAUUUUUAAAUUUGUUUCGGAAUCACUUUCUUUCAGGUCACUAACAUAAAGUGAGUUUCAUGAAAUGUUCAUUAAAUUGGUGUGCAACUUUUUAAACUUGACAGCGUAAUCUGUACAUAAAAUCUAGCUGGAUUUUCAACACCAUGUUUCUUGUGUAAAGCCGUUUCUAAACCAUUUACAAUUAAAUUUCUUCAUAUACAAUGUGAUAAACAAGGUCCAAAUAUCAGAGCUGUGAGAUAAAAUGAGAACUUUAUCAAUUGAACUUUAUCACUGAAUCAGUUUACGGUGUAACUCCACCUCCUAGCCCCGCCCAUGGAAACCAGGCAGACCCAGAAGCACUGCUUUACACGCUCUAUCACCGUGAUUCAGGCCAGUGAUUCAGACACUUGUCCCAGUCUGGCAGGUUUGGCAUUGGGGGCGGAGUGAAGAGUUCUUGUGGGCGUGGCUAUAAUAAAUCCAAAACCAAACAAUGAAUCAGGCUUUUUUGCAUGCCAAUUUUCAUGACAUCAUUUCUCUGCUUGGUGUAAAAAGAACGUCAGCGAAUCAGAUUGUUACUGAGCGUUUCAGACCGAUGCCAGUGUGAUACUGAUUGUCCAAUCAGAACGCCUCUCGGUGGUGCACUCAGACCUUUUUCCGACCCGACGUUCUGUGCGUUCUCUCCGUGUUUCUGCUCAGUGGUGUUUUUCUACAGUGGAGAUGAAGUCAUGAUGAUGUUCUGUGGUUGAUAUGAAGCUCGGAUGUUUCUACAGCAGAUUUAACGCUUGUGAACGCUGCUUAUUUACUUUACAAGGUUUUUUCAAGUACUGCUUGCUGCAGAACUAGGGGGCGGAGUCAGACCUGAGUCGGCUCCUCCUAGCUGGGUGGAGUCACAAUAAAAGUCCAGGGGUGGAGACAACUUUCAGGCUGGAUAAGUGUGUUGUUCCACGCUGCAGAUCGUCUCAUGGAUUAGAGUUAGGAGGUGGGGUUAUAGGCGGAGUCGGGUCAGGUCCAGCUCCACCCACUGCACUUUUGCAGUAAGUACUAUCUUGGUUUUUUGAAAAAAAUUGUUUUGUUUUUUGGAUUUUGGAAAUUGUGAUUUGAUACACAGUGUGUGUGGUGUGGUGUGAGGUCUGAGAUUAUGAAACGCUUUACAGCACAGAGACGCUUAGAGACGACAUGCUAACUGUAAAAGGACAUGCUAAUUUUGAGAGUGAAAGUGAAAUUGUUUUAUCCCUAGCUGUAUUUACUGUUCAGUAUAUCAGUGAUGAAUGAAACUCUGACUACAGAGAGAAUAAUCGUGUGUUUAUAAGCCCCUACGACUGCUGAAUAACAAUAAAAAGCAUCACAUUGAGGAAGUACUGAUAUCUGACCUCACUUCCUAAUCAGUGGCUGCGUCCCAAACGCUAGUGGUUAGGAAGAGCUGUGUGCUAUUGUAGCUAGCUAAUGGGCUAAUUAGCAGUUAGCGUAUGAGAUUAGCACUAAAUCCUGACACACAGACACACACACAGCUCACAGUGCAUUACGUAACACACACACACACUGAGAAUACACACUGUAUGAACGCUCCACCAGGAACAGAGUGUGUGUUCUAGCGGUUGCGGCAGAGCUUUAACAAAGAGUCAGAGCCACGCCUCCUGCUCCUCUGAUUGGCUGAUGUACAGGUUUAUUUUGGUGUUCUGAGUUCUGAUUGGAUUCUUCUCUCUGUGUUUCAGCUCCUCUACCUCACUGACGCUCCACUGUUUCUGUCCCGCUGUAAUCAGUCACACCGUCAUGCAUGAGCUCCUUCUCCUAACGGCCUUUACUUCCUGUAAUAAAGCACAACUACUGCAACUGUCUCACUCUCCGCCUGUCUCACUCCCUUUCUCUCUAAUAAAACACAACUACUGCAACUGUCUCACUCUCCGCCUGUCUCACUCUCUCU